AUGGCUUUCACUUUGCCAACACUGUGCAAGUGUCUCAUGUGCCCGGCUCAAUCACAGAGGAACACAGCACCCCUAGAAUGGUUGAUGCUAGUGGUUGAGCUCUUCUCCUCCCUUCCUAGGCCCAGCAUUACUUCUGGAAGAAGAUAUUUGCCAGUAUGGAUGUUGGCCCUCAUUAUGCUUGGAGUGAUGGCAAUCUUGGGAUUAAUUAUUGGUCUUCUUGUUCAUUUUCUGGCAGUUGGAAACAUUUACUAUUACCAAGGUAAUUUUCGUAUUUUUGGAGUUACAUACAAUAACAGCUGUGAAAAUGCAGCUUCACAAGCUGGCACACCUUUGAGCAAAGAUAUUGAGUCUCAGAUGUUCAAUGCACUUCAAAAUUCUAGUAUAUGCAAAGAAUAUAUCAACUCUCAUGUCAUCUAACCAGGUUAUGGAAGACAACUGACCAACAGUAUCAGAGCAGACAACCGAAUUGUGAAUGGAAAAAAAGCUCAGGCAGAGGCAUGGCCAUGGCAGGCCAGCAUGCAAUGGAAAGGUAAGCAACGCUGUGGAGCCUCUCUGAUCAGCAGCAAGUGGCUAUUAUCUGCAGCUCACUGCUUUGCAAAGAAAAAUAAUUCAGAAGACUGGACUGUCAACUUUGGAACUAUAGUCAAUAAACCACAUACGGCACGGAAAGUCCAAAACAUAAUUUUUCGAAAUUAUAGCAGUCCUGAGCUUCAUGAUGAUAUUGCUCUUGUGCAGCUUGGGGAAGAAGUUGUUUUCAGAAAGUACGUUCAUAGGAUUUGUCUUCCUGAAGCCAAAAUGAAACUCAAAGAAAAUGACAGUGUUGUAGUUACAGGAUGGGGAAUGCUUUAUAUGAAUGGUCACCUUCCAAUGACACUUGAACAAGCCCUUGUGAAGAUUAUUGACAAUAAAAAUUGCAAUCCUCCGUAUGCACUUUCUGGCAUGGUGACUGAUACAAUGUUAUGUGCUGGAUUUAUGUGAGGAGAAGCUGAUUCCUGUCACAUAUGUCUAGAUACAUUUUUAAAUUGUUUUCUCAAAAGUACUAAAUAAAUGGAGAUUUCCAUCAACAGAAAACAUUUUCUAUGUUAAUGAUUUCCACACAGUAGCUUCAUAUUUCAUUCAACUUAAGUAUUUAUUAAGCCUGUCAUGUUCUAGGCACCAGCCUAGAUGCUGGGGAUGCAGUGGUGAAAAUAUUCCCUGCCCUCAUGGAGUUUUCGGUUUAGGAAUCCACACAAAGGAUAAUACUUAGGAGUUGAUAAAAGAAAUUUGACUUUGUUUAAUGGGUAACCUGCAGAUAUGGAGUGCUGCCUCCUCUUUAUCCCAAGAUGCAGCAGGGGAUUUACCAUGUGCUCAUGUCACCCAUUCUUCACGGGCUUCUUCAUGAAGACGUAAGCUCAGUGCAAUGUCCACACAGCUUAAUAACCUCCUCCAUAUUCAAGGCCAGAUUCACUACAAAAUCAACUUCAGAUCUGACCAAUCUAACAUCUGGCAGCUCAAGGCAAUAUAUACUGAAUAAACACAAG